AGCAUAAAAAUGAUGCGAUACAAUUUCCGACCAAAUCUAACAGAACACUCAGAAAUUCUUAUUCUGGUUCGACCUUUUUCCAACACAUCUGAUGAGGACUAUAGUUUCGUUUUGAACAAACUCUCUCCAUUUACUUAUGCAAAAAUAGCUGAUCACGACAGAACAAUACUUUUAAACUUUACAAAAGGUUAUAGUCGAGAUACAUUGGAAUGGGGUCGUCUUCAGUUGCAUCGAAGACCUUUGGGAUUUGUCGGUGUUGCUAGAUUAUCAUCUGACCCAGUCCAUCAGGAAAAAGACUAUGAAAAAAUUGAACAUAGGUUUGAUAACCUGAUAUCUCAAUAUAGCCACUACAUAUAUGACUCACGCUGCAUAAUCAUUGGUCCUAAAAAACAAAACAUUGAAACCAUACGAAAAGAUAUGUUUUAUUUACCAGAAACAGAAAUAGAAACUUCCACAAGACUUACAGAUUAUAUCAGUGAAUUUGUAACAUCUCUAUUUGUAAUUUUGGAAUCAAAGCGUGUGGAUAAACUAAGUGAAAAUCUUGAAAGAAUGGCGUUACCAAAUGCUCCUAAUGAAGGUGCUCAUCAAACAACAGAUGUUGAUUCCAGAUCCAUGAAAAGAAAAUGCCUGGGUCGUAACAAAAAGAUCCUUGCUGACUUAUGCCUACUUUCUGGUUUACCACAAGAAGCCUUGAUGCACUAUUCCAACUCUGUUGAACACCUUCGUAGUGUAAAUGAUUUUUUAUGGUUAGGUAGCGCUUUUGAAGGUAUAUGUGCUGCAUCAAAUGCAAUGAUGCUUGGAGAUUUAAUUAUUAAAGAGAAUACACGUUUCCUCGUCAUUCGAAAAUCGAACAUCAAUGUCAACUUAACGUCUGAAAAUGGAGAAGAUGAAAAGUUAAAGAGUUACCUUGCCAACUCAACUGAAGAUACAAUUGCAAAAUAUAGUGAAUGUUUGUCGUACUAUAGGAAGUUUUCGACUGGUCCAGUGGAAAUUGAAGCACACUUUAAAUUUAUAAGAGUUCUCUUAAACUGGAAGAAAAAGCUUGAAACUGCACAAGUUGUACAAAGUCUGUUGGCAGUACCUCAGCACUUUAAUGAAAAUGAAAAAUUGGAAUUUACGACAAUGUUAGCAUCAAUUCACGAUCAGCUCGGAUUGCGAAGAAAAGCUGGAUUUUAUAGACGCAGAGCAGCACUGCUCUACAUUAAUGGUACAAAUCAAACCAAAAGUGCUUUAUCAAGGGCAAUGACAAUGUUGAAACAAGUUUCUCCAGCUUAUGGUCUUGUUAUGAAUCAGAAUGCUGUGACAGCAACUAAAGAAUCAGAAGGUUGGUCCUCUCUUCAACUGCGAGUUCUACUUGAUAUGCUGAAAAUUUCGAGAAAGUUGGGAAAUAAACUGGACAGUGUAAGAUUAUUAUGCUUUAUCCUCGAAAGAUAUCUAUCACUGUUAAGUACAAGUGACCACAACGAUCUUGUUGACUUACUAGAAGAAUUCUCCGAUGAUACAGAACCACUUUCUAACGAAGAUAGCAAAGAAACAGAUGUUGAAUUGAUCAGACCUCUGCCAAUUAUAAGAGAUUUUCAUCCAAAACGUCUUGCUCGCUAUCUUCAACCGUUGAAAGUCAAAAUGGCUGAGCAAACAGGACCAUUUAUUUUUUCUUCUCUUUCCAAACCUAAAAAAGAGGAAGAAGAUGUUAUAUGGGUUUGUGGUGACGUAUCUGAAGUUGCCAUGGUAGUAGACAAUCCCUUACCAGCUGAAAUUAAAGUGAACAAUAUGACAUUGCUUACUGAAGGCAUUCAGUUUGAAGCUUUUCCUGCAACACUUGCGCUUCCAGCCCAAUCCGGUGCAUUUCCAUUUAUGCUUCUUGGAACUCCAAAUCAGCCAGGUUUACUCAAAUUAAAAGGAUACAAAGUUGAAGUGUUAGGGAUUGCUAAUACCGUCCUCCUACCAGAACCAAUUAAUGUUGAAGUUACACCUCUGUUACCCAUCUUAAAACUCAGUAGUACUUUACCUCGUGCCCCUAGUGCAAGUUCAUUGGAUCCAGAAGAUGAAAACUACCAGACUUUGUUUACAUCUGCUAAUCUGUACCGAGGACACAGUUGCAGUGGUAAAGUUUUACUUGAAAAUGCUGGCAAGGUUCCAAUUACCAAGUUAGACAUCAAACUAAAGAAAUUAAGAGAAAACAAUAUCGUAUUUAAUGCUGACUAUGUAAAGACACGAUUGCCAUUGUUGCCUGAAGAGUCUUUACAUUUGGAUGUAACCAUUAUGCCAGAGAAUUCGUGGAAGUUGUUUAAUAAUCAAGACAAAAUUGAAGCUGCUUUGAUUAUUUCAUAUUCUUGUGAAGAAGGGGAAGCGAAUGGAUAUAUGAGAGAGAUAUCCUGGGUAACAUAUGUGAAAGUAAUGCCUUCGCUCGAGUUUUCUAACUAUUCCAUCUUGGAGAUAGAAAGACAUCCAAGUUGUUGCAUGAUCUGCUUUGAUGCUGUAAAUAUGACGUCAGUUGCGAUGAAUGUGACAUAUGAAGUCAUCAUUGAAAACAAAGAUCUGGAUAUAUCAUGUCAUGUCAAUUGCUUGGGCAAGCGUCAUCUGGAGUUACUUCCGAAAAAGAAAACCUGUUGCGAAGUUCAUUUUCCAAGAUUAACUUUGCCACCUCCUAAAAUGAAGAUAAAGACUAUGGAAGAUGAGUAUCAAGCAUUUAUCAGAUCUUCUGUUUGUUUGCAUUGGAUACUAUCUGAUACAAAUUAUAGUGGUGUAACAUACCUUCAAAAUAUCCAAGUGACACCAGCAAUGACAACAAUAUUGAAGCCGAAACAUCUCAGCAUAAGUAUUAGGGUGGAUAAUAACAUCAUCAAAGAAGGGGAAAAUAUUCGCGUAGACGAAUGUAAACUGACAGAAAUUUUUAUUGUUUUAACCAACACUCAUGAUAGAAACCUCGAGGAUAUGUCAUUACACGUGAAUCCUUACCAACAUUGUUAUCGCAGCAGUGAGCAAAUGAAAGAACUAUACCUUCCUUCUGGUAUGCUGGAUAAAGGAAUAAAAAAACUAUGUCCAGGAGAAUCAUUCGAGCACUCUUGCGGGUUGUUGUUUCUUUACCAUGGCGAGUACAUGGUGGAUGUUUCUUGCAGCAUGAACCGUGGCUUUGGCUCACAUAGAUCAAGCAGGCAGAGAUCGUACGCUAUAAAAAAUGAUCCGAUUACAGACCGCCAUAAAUCUCCAACGCCACUCAGCCCAAGAACAGUCAACGAUAAAUUAAAAUUUUUCGAAGCUGAUUUUUGGGCUCAAAGUUUUUGUGUAACGGUUGUGUAGAAACCUAAAUAUUUUUUGGAGAGAUUUUAAUUUUCAAGAGAGAUAUUCUCUGCCAGGCUAAAAUCAGAUACUGAAGAGUUAAUUUUUUUGUGCACGUUUUUUUUAAUCGAUACUAGCCUCGCCUAAAUGGGUUGAUAGGACAAAAAGAAUAAAUGCAGGAUCAUAAAAACAGAAACAGUUUUCAUGACAUAUCUUGUUGUUCUGAAUCAAUAGUUUUCGGGAUAUCUCUGAAUGUUAUGUAAGGGUAGACCUAAAGUUAGAUUUGGAUUGACAUACUAGCAUUACUGAACAAGUAAACACGUGAAUUUAAUCUUUCCAUGUAGGUAGUCGACAGGCAACGACUAAGCAACAGUUAAGCCUGUAAAACAGAGACACAAGCCAUUAUAAGACUUAGUCAAAUUUUUGCUUUGCUUAUAUAGAAAAAAGCUUAUUUUUGUAUGUUCUGGUGCAACUUGCAAAACUAAAAUGGAAUCGUUUCGCACAUGGAGUAGUUUAGUAAAAAUCAGAGUUAAGACAAUUUUAAAUACGCAUUUUUCGAUGCUGAAGUGUAUUAUCGAAAUGUUAAUGUUGAUAUUUUAUAUUUAUGUAAUUUUGUAUCUAUAAAUUGCUUAAUAAAUUCAAAUAAGUAGCUUU